AGAAGCCGGAAGAAAAUAAUCACAAAUCGCCAGCCUUUUUCUGACUUUCUUUCAGCCCAAUUUUGUAUCAUCAUAUAUUUUCGAUAAAAGGACACCAUGCCCGUAAUUUGUGCGGCAAUAGGUUGCAACAAUAAGUUUGUCAAGGGGUCAGAAAUAAGAUUUUACAGGUUCCCGCUCAGUAAACCUGAACUUGCCAGCAAAUGGGUGCACAGCCUGGGGAUGAAAAACUUCAUCCCUACUGCCAACACCUGCCUGUGCUCAGAGCAUUUCCGGAACGACUGCUUCAGGGACUACAAUGGCAAACAGUUUUUGAGGGAGGAUGCGGUGCCCACUCUAUUCACCAAUGGGCAGGACUCCUCAAAGAUUGAACUUCGCAAAAGAGGGGUGAUACCAAAGGAGACAAACAUUGUGAAUCAAAUGGGAGCACAAGCAGACCGAGACAGAAUGAAAGAGGCUGGAGGUCUACGCAGAGACAAAAGAGGAGGGAUGAGGGGUGGACGAGGAGGCCGUGGAGGAAAGCAAAUGUCUGACAGACUCGCCUUCGGAGCCAAGAGCAGAGUGUACGACAACAAAGGCCGACUGCUCUCCAACAGCAAGGACAUGUGCGACUGUCUGGAUGUGGAUUGCAUGGGCUGCUUCUACCCCUGCCCUGAAUGCGGCUCCCGCAAGUGUGGAGUGGAGUGCCGCUGCGACAGGAAGUGGCUUUACGAGCAGGUGGAGGUGGAGGGUGGAGAGAUCAUCCGGAACAAGUUUGCUGUUUAGUUAGCAGUGACUCUUGGGGUUUUAUAUGCUGGUAUCAGGGCACCUCUGAGAUUCAAAACACGCUCUUUACCUUUCAUUUUGUUGCUCUCAAAAUGUUGCUCCUGUUUCCUUUAAAGGUCCAGUGUGUAGGAUUUAGUGGACUCUAGCGGUGAGGUUGCAGAUUGCAACUAAGUGAACACCCUCCACUUGCCCUGCCCUUCCAGAUGUGUAGAGCUGCAGAACUGCUCAGACAGUAAUGUCUCAUUUAUACACAUGUCGCUGUUCAUGAGCUCAGCUUCAGGUUAAGUGUCAUGCAGUCCAGGGUUGCUUUGCCUUUAUUUCCUCUGCUUGUUUCCAGGGAAUAUUAGCAGCGAGGCAGCAAGAAAACAUGGUCCUGCCAUGUUUGAGUUUUGAGGAAUUACAGUGGUGGACAUUUAUGUAAAUUACAUGUUAGUCCUCAUUGUCCUGCAUGGAAAAUGUGGUGUGCUGUCAGCUGACCACAACAUCACCGAAACCAUUUUGUUUUAAUAAAUGUAAAUGAAAUAAAUAAA